AUGCAUCACGCCAUAAGAAGUAUCAAACCCAUCAAGCCGGUAGGGUUUACUACCCAGAUAUCACGCAGUGUGCCACACUUGGUAGCCAACGAACUCAGCUAUGCAAGCCGGCCCAGCCACAUCGCAGACGUGUCCAACACUCUUCGGCAGAGAGGCAUCCUCAAAGUCAGUCUCCAAUUCGAGGACAACUCCAGCCAGUAUCUACAAAGACUCCUCCAUGGACUCCAUGAACAGCACGGACACGGGCUCCCCAUUACUCAUAGUGCCUCCCGCGGCUGGUUCUGGGACGUGCGGCCCAAUAGCACUACAUUCCAAACGCCCUCGCACCAGGCAAGACCCGAGACGAUGGAAGAGUUCCCCUGGCAUACCGACUGUAGCUACGAAGAAGCGCCACCCCGGUACUUUGCCUUGCAGGUGCUUCAAGAAGAUCGAUGUGGCGGGGGCACGCUCUCCGUGAUGAAUGUCGGCAGACUCAGCUCCCUCCUUUCACCGUCCACCUGCGCCGCGCUCCUCCGACCGGAAUUCCGGGUUAGCGUGCCUCCCGAGUUUGUGAAAAGCGAGGACAAGCAGUAUAUAGUGGGGAGCUUGAUGGCGGUUGAUGCAGAGGGCUUGCCUAGUAUGGUCCGUUUCCGCGAGGAUAUUCUCGCCCCGUUGACUGCUGAGGCGGCGCUUGCGCUGGAGGAGAUGAAGGAAUGUCUGCUAGGGUCGAAGGUGGAGGCUGAGACGCUUCAUCUUACGCCGGACUGCUUGCCUCGGGGCUCUAUCAUUCUGAUGGACAAUUAUCGGUGGCUUCAUGCUCGGAAUCACGUCAAUGAUCCUGAACGUCAUUUGCGAAGGGUCCGCUGGGAUGCGCGGCCUUUUCCGGCCGGUUGGGUGAAGAGAAAAGAUUUUGUUUCUUUGUUGUAA